AGGGGGGGAGAGAGAAAUAGAGAGGGGGCAGGAGAGAGGGAAAUGGGGCAAUAGAGGGAGAGCAAGAGAGAGAGGGCAGGUGGGAGAGAAAGAAAUAGAGAGAGGGCAACAACAGAGAGCAACAGAGAGUGAGAGAGAAAUAAUAGAGAGAAAAGAGAGCGAGAGAGAGAGAAACAGAGCGAGAGCAAACAAUAAAGAGAGCAAGGGAAAGAGAGAAGUGGACAGCAAAAGAGAAAGAGCGAUGGAGCGAGGCAGUAAUGGAGAAAGAGAGAAAGCAGCAGAGAGAGAGCAAUAGAGAGAGAAAGAGAGAAAACAGAGAGAGAGAAAGAGCAACAGAGAGAGAUAAAAAUAUUGCUGAAAGUUAUUAGAGGAUUUAGAGGUGACAGAGAUAGAGGAUGAGAUAGAUGGAGGGAGGUAAAUAGACUCUGGAGAUGGAGAAAUAGAUUUAAAGAUGGUGUGUAACUUAGUGGGAUGCUUGUGACCAUGUGUGAUGGGGAGAUCUGGAUAAGGGAGACACCGGCAGACAGACAGAUCACCAGCGCAGGCAGGGAUCAGGGAUGGGGUUGUUGGAGGUGGUCUAUUCCAUAUUAGGAUUCCUCUGGAUGAAGGCUCAGUCCCAGUGAUUCUGCGACCAGAGAGCCGAAUGAGCAUCGCUAGAACCCGAAUGAAAAUGAGUAACCCCACAUUUUGUAAACAUCGUUAAACUGUCCAGACGCAGAGAGGGAGUUGCAAACGGAGCCGUGCCAGGUUAAUUGUUGCAUUAAGGGAGCGGCGCUGGACACCGAAUGACCGGACCCAACCCCGCGGCCAUGCAGUGCUCCUGGAAGGCGGUGCUGCUGCUGGUGGCCGCCUCGCUGGCCGUGCAGUACACGGCCAUCCGCACCUUCAUCGCCAAGCCCUUCGCCAUCUGCCGGGUGGCCAAGCCGCGGGGCGGCUGCGAGGCGGGGCCGGGCGCCUCCUGCCAGCCGAGGUCGGGGCCGGGGGAGGGCGGCGGGGUCCGGCCACCGGCCAGCCACAUCCUGGUGCUGGCCACCACCCGCAGCGGCUCCUCCUUCGUCGGGCAGCUGCUGAACCAGCACUCGGACAUCUUCUACCUGUUCGAGCCGCUCUACCACGUCCAGACGAGCCUGAUCAACACCAGCCUGCGGGUGCGGCCGCCCGCCGACGGCCGCCGCCUGCUGCUCGGCGCCUACCGCGACCUGCUGCGCGGCCUCUUCGGCUGCCGCCUGCACGACCUGGAGGCCUACAUCCGCCCGGCGCCCGAGCAGCACCGCACCCAGCGACUGUUCCGCCGCGGGGCCAGCCAGGCGCUGUGCACGCCGCCCGCCUGCGCCGCCUGGGCUGGAGGGUCGCCGCCGGGCGGGCGGCCCGGGCUCCAACCCGAGGCGGGAAGGGCGGGAACGGCGGCCGAGCGCUGGGAGGAGGGCGAGUGCGUCCGCCGCUGCGGCGCCCUCAACCUGACGCUGGCCUCGGGCGUCUGCCGCCGCCGCCACCACGUCGCCAUCAAGACGGUGCGCGUGCCCGAGGUGGGCGACGUGCGCGCGCUGCUGGAGGACCCGCGCCUCAACCUGAAGGUGAUCCAGCUGGUGCGCGACCCCCGCGGCAUCCUGGCGUCGCGCAUCGACACCUUCCCCGACAGCUUCCGCGCCUGGAAGAUCUGGCGCAACAGCGGCCGCAAGCCCUACAACCUGGACGCCUCGCACCUCAGCGCGACCUGCGGCGACUUCCUCCGGUCGGCCGCCACCGGCCUGGCCCGGCCCGGCUGGCUGAAGGGCCGCUACAUGCUGGUCCGCUACGAGGACCUGGCCCGGGAGCCCGAGAAGAAGACGCGGGAGAUCUACCGCUUCCUCGGCGUCUCGCUCGACGCCAACGUGAGGAGGUGGAUCCUCAACAACACGAGGGGCGCCGGGGCCUCGGGCAACCACAAGUACGCCACGGUGAGGGACUCGGCCGCCACCGCCGAGGGCUGGCGGCUCAAGCUCACCUUCGACAUGGUGGAGCUGGUGCAGGACAUCUGCAACCUGACCCUGGCGCAGCUGGGCUACAAGAUGGUCAGCUCGGCCGAGGAGCUUCGCAACGUGUCUCAUCUCUCAAAGCCACAGUCUAGAGGGUCCCAGAGGAGAAGGGCAGAAGAUGCCACCAGCUGCAAGUUUCCCUCCAAGAUACCAUCUGUGAUGCACAUUAUCCUGACUUGGAAAUAUAUCAUUGUUCCUUCAUUGUCACUGCGUCUCAAUCCGAAAACUUACUCCCCAACAGCACAGCAGGACUGGUGUUCAUUCCAUUAAUUAGGAACAGGCAUUAAAUGUCCUUGUCAGUGAUAACGACAUUGUGUAAACCAAUAAACAAGUAAACGGCAAUGUUUGAAAAGAAUUGGGGAUAAAAAAUAUUUCAGUCUCUCUAUGAUUUCUCCAGGAUUUGCUUGCAGCUAUAUCCUGGAGUUAAUCUCUGACUCCAGAUCAAUCUGGAAGGUUGGCAACCCUACCACACACACAAAUUUUCAAAUAAUUCCUGCUGGUAAAAAGUAAGUUGUGGAGUCGCACAAGGUCUCCGGAGAGUUUCUUGGACAUGGUGGAAGUUCCAAAAAUUUUACAAAGUAUCCCUUUUUAAUGUGGGUGAAAGUGUUUAUUAAAAAUGUGAAAUAUUUGAAUAUUUUUAAAUGCAUUGUAUCUUUCUAAAAUGUCAGAUGAUCUUAAAGAAACCAACAUUUCUGUAUUGAAGUAUUUUUAAUACUCUAGGAAAUUUCUCAAUUUUCCAUUUUCCCCCCGCAAGGCUCUCUAGGUUUUGGUCGGGAAUUUUGUAUAUUGUAUUAGAAUUCGUGCCAAAACAAGUAAUUGUUUGUGCCUGGAGGACUCUGCUGAAGAACCAGCCAGUCAUUUGAAAUAAUCUUAAGAGAGGGAAAAGCUCAGAUUUGGCCAGUGUUGUCAAGUAUGUUAACCACUUGCCACAUGUGGCUGGCUGUCCAGAUGUGGGUAAUGUUGUUUCAGAUUAGUAAAUAACAGAUGAGUCAUUGACACCAUUACUGUGUGUGACCUCACUGUUCCUUUGCAUGGGGUAUGCAUGCAUAUUUUAAUAACUUUUCUGUGCCUUGUUGGUAAAAUGGUAAGUUAAAAAUCGAAGUAUGCAAGUGUUACUUGAUCAUUGUGAAUGCUUCACAUUCAUUAUCAGUGACAGAUGCUGGGGAUUUGUCAAAUAAAUAGCUGUGAGAUGCAUAGACCUUUGUGCAUGCAUGUGUGUGCGUGUAUGUCUGUGUGUGUGUGUGUGUGUGUGUGUGUGUGUGUGUGUGUGUGUGUAUAUUAGACCCCAAAGACAAUUAGUGCAUGUGCUGGAGACACAAAAGACCGACUGCAGGUGUUGGAACCAGUUCAGAUGAAGGGUCUUGGCCCAAAACGUCGACUGUCCAUUUCCCUCCACAGAUGCUGCCUGACCUGCUGAGUUCCUCCAGCAUUUUGUUUGUUGCUAGCAUAGGUAUUGUCCUUGUGGCCAUCACAAAUUUCUACUUGACAACACUGGACAAGCCUGCUCCCAUUGAAAAGCAAGCAGAAGUCUUCGUGAUCUCUUGUCAAAAUUGACAUUUGUUCCAGUUAAUUCUAGUUUGAAAGUUUUCAGAGCACUAUUCAAACUUUGCUGCACCUCUCCACACACCCCAGGAGAACUUACCCUGAACCUUUGAAAGAUGGUGUCAUCUGUACAAAGGAAUGAGACAGCAUGUGUUUUUAAUUGGUGUAUAACCACAGAAAUAAUGUGCCAAUAACUGAACACCUACUGAUGUUUAUACUGAAAAUGGAUGACUGGGAGAAAUAUCUGGAUGGCCGAGAAUACCCUGUGGUUUCUAAGCUUGAAAACCUGCGUGUAAAGUAUUAGAUAUUUAUUUAAUAGCAGUUGCCUGAAGAAAUUAACUUGUGAAUAUCUGCUUUGAAUUGAAUGUACUCUACUUCCAAAAUGUAGUACUCUCACCUUUGUAUCAGAAAGUUGUGUGUUCACAUUCCAAUCCAGAGUGCAGAGCACAAAAUCUGGGGAUAAUCCAAUGCAGCACUGAGGGAGUGUUGCAUGAUCUGAGGUGCUGUCUUCCCAAUGCAAAAUUAAACAGAGGAUCUGUCAAGAUAUUUCAAACGGAAAAGGAGUCCUUCCUGCAACACUGGCCAAUAAUUAUUCUUCAAUUAUCUCAAUUAUUCAACUAUUAUCAUGCAACUUCAGUGAUCUUCCUAUGUUUCCUAUGUUAUUAACAAUGACUACAUUUUUGAAGUAGUUCAUUGACUACAGUGUACUUUGUGAUACUGUGUAGAUGCAACAGGUGCUAUAUUAAUGAAAGUUUCAAUAAUUUGUGUCUCUUGUGUUAGCAGCUGGAGUUUGAUAGCAAGGAUGUUUGGAAACUAGGGCAGUAAAGAAAAUUAGUCUAUGUUUCUUAGCCUUCACCUCCAGAAAUAUAAUUUAAAUCUUAUUGCAUCAUCUGUAUGCUUUGGAGUUUGACGAUGUUCCUUAGCACUGAAAGGGUUAAAAUCUAUCCGGCUGAGGAAAGCUGAGAAACUCAUCUUGAACGUCCAUUGGCCUACGUAUAUUGCUUUGGAUUGCAAAACAGGUUGUUGUGAAUGGAGCAUCAAUUCCUCAAUAAAGUCUUGUGUACUCUGUAUUUUA